UUUUGUUUCAAAGUGAUAUUCAAAUGGAAUAAACAACUUGUCUGUUUGAGUAGAUAAAAAGUUAACAAGUUUUCUUACUCUAAAAACUUGAAAGAGCUCCAUUUGAAUUUAUCAUCCCAAGUCUAUCUAUUAUUAUUAUUGUUGUUGUUGUUGGUGUGUGUGUGUGUGGGAGGAGAAGAAGAAUAUGGAAGAUCGAAUGCAAGUCGUAGUUUCAGAAACCUCAAAGGGAGAAGAACGUGGAAGAGGUAGAGGUAUUGGUGCAGCUAUGGAUGUUGAUGAAGAAGGUCGUUAUACUGGAAAAGGUGGUGUCUUUGAACGUCUUGGAACGGAUAGAGACGGUAGUGGUCCACAGAAGUGUAAGAAGAGUGUUUUUGGUUUGUAUUACUUAUGUGGUUUAGCUGUGGAAGGAUACAUCUUGAUAGCUUGUAAUCUGCACGAGGAAUGUACAGAAGAAGAUAUUUAUGACAAAUUUUCUGAACUGGGAGAAGUGAAGAACAUUCACUUAAACUUGGAUCGCCGAACAGGAUUUACCAAAGGCUAUGCUUUGAUAGAAUACCAACACUUUAAAGAAGCACAGUCUGCUAUUGAAGCUCUGAAUGGAGCAGAGUUACACGAUCGACUUUUAGAAGUUUCUUGGGCCUUUAGUCGUGGUCCACUAGGUACACGUCUAAGUACUAGAAGACGUAGUGAAAAGUAAAGAGAACAACCCACUCGGCUUAAAAAAGAAAAAGAGACAGAACCAC